CGUUUAAAACGUCACUUUUUCGACCUCCCGUCACCGUGUCGCGAUGAUAUCACCCAAAAAAUGCAAAUAAAACUACGAAAUUAAACAGCGCGAACCGAAUAACAUGUAAGAAUGGCCGAGAAGUUCCGCCAGCUCGUCCAGCGGCUGCGGGGGAAGCUGCCCAGUUCCGCAGAAGUGGGCCAGUUGAACGCACAGGGCCGUGAGAAAGUCGAUCAGCUGAUAACGAAGUAUAUGCCAGCUUCGAAGGUGACAGAAAUUGCGGAGAAAUUCAAGCAGCAAGCCAUCACGACGAGGGUGAAGGAGCUGGUCGCCAGAUAUGAGAAGUUCACGGGCGUCCAGGAGAUCAUGGCGAUCCAGAAUACGGUUAUUGAUGCUCAGGAGCGCUUCGUAACCUCCCAGGAGCGGCGGCGCGACCUCGGCCGUCAGCUGGCGGAGCUGGAGGCUCGUCUGAAGGAGCUCCACGCCGACAUGCAGAACACCAUGAAGGGGGACGAGAAGUAUUUGCAGCUGUGUACUGAGGAGCAUAAGCUAAUAAUCUCAGAGCGAGCCCUCCGCCUCAUGUUCUCGGACGCUGAGCGUGAGGAGCGCGAGCUGUUCGCCACCAUGAGCGCCGCCGUGAAGCUCGGCCACGAGCGCGAGCGAGCCCACGCCGAGCGGAACAAGUACUGGUACAUCGUCGCCAGCAUAGCAGGCACAGUGCUUGGCAUAGCCGGUUCGUCGAUCAACAACCACCUGAAGAUGGCGGAGUUUAGAGACAUGAUGGAGCAACAGAUGGCGCGCAGUGCGAGCGUACUCUACACUAUAGCGGGAGGGGCCACGGCCAGUCGUGCGGACAUCACUGACGCUAUGAAGACCGAGUUCGCUUAUCAGGAACAAUUGGCACAAAGCAUGCGCGUCAUGCAGGAUAGCAUCAGCCACCUAGUCACCAAGCAGUCGUCGCUAAUAGACCACCUAAACCACCAAGAGCACGUCUUAGAAACCCAAAUGCGGGACCUCAAGCGACUCAUUCUAGCAGCUUCAAAAUCCAGCGCAAAAUCCGACGCAGAUUUGGCCAAAGCUUUCGCAGUAGUCCACCAAGAAAUGGAUGACAUCGACAGAACCCCACCCCCAGAAGCGGUCCCUAGUACUGUGGCUUUGGAACCCCAACAGGUCUUCACAGCAUUAGGGGUGUUAGUGUGUAUAGCGCUUAUAUUUGGAAAUUUCGUCGGUAGGGCUAGUUGAUGGGAUUGGCUAAGGUAUAUGGCCCAUGGUUAUCUUGGUAUUGCAAUUUUUGUAUUUGACUACAGGUUUUUGCAAUAAUAGUAUAGAAAUUGGCGUAAAUAAUAAUUACUUUGCAACACUCUGUAUUAUGGCUAUAUGUAAGUUUUUCAAUGUUAAUUCAAGCAGAGUUGAAACUUGUGCGGAUGAUGAUAGAGUUUAAAAAUGGCGACUACAGAAAGGGCUGUGUGUUUAUUAUAAAGGAGUGUAGAUAGAUCUAGGAUAAGAUGAGAUAGUUCGAGAUAGUGUGAGUACGUCCGCCGUUUUUUAAAUUGUUUCUUUAUUCGAACUGGUUACUUUAUAAUUAUCUAUAUAAUAUAUAU